AAAAUAAAAGAGCUUGUAAAUAUACACUAGGAAAUGCAGAUUUUUUUAAUUAAUGAAAAAUAGUUGGUGCAUAAAUAAUAGCACCAUGGAGGUGUUGGACCUUCCUCAGUGGAGCUUUUGUUCAACCAAAGAUGCAGUGUUUAAAAAACACACACACAGCACACAGUCUCUUUGCCUCCCUCUCUCUCUCUCUCUAGCGACACGUUGAGUUUUUCUCAGUAAAGAAGCAGAAUCGUUGAGAGAGAAAAGAGAGAGGGAGAGAUGUUUGCAGCAGAAAAUGGAUUAAGUGGUGACCCAAGAUUGCAAGGCAUUUAUGAAGCAAUUAGAGUUGUGCCCAACUUUCCAAAACCGGGAAUUAUGUUUCAAGACAUAACAUCACUUGUGUCUAAUCACAGGGUUUUCAAGGACACAAUUGAUAUACUUGUAGACAGAUACAAGAACAUGGGCAUUUCCGUUGUUGCUGGAGUUGAAGCAAGAGGGUUCAUAUUUGCUCCUGCUAUAGCAUUGGAGAUUGGUGCUAAAUUUAUUCCUCUGCGCAAAGCAGGGAAGCUUCCAGGUGCGGUCAUUUCUGAAUCUUAUGAGCUUGAAUAUGGCAAUGAUUGUCUGGAAAUGCAUGUGGGCGCUGUGAAUAUUGGGGAACGAGUGUUGGUUAUUGAUGAUUUAGUAGCCACAGGGGGGACACUGUCUGCAGCCAUAAGGCUUUUAGAACGAGCUGGGGCCGAGGUGGUUGAGUGUGCAUGUAUUAUCGGAUUGCCGGAGGUAGAGGGACGAAACAGGUUGGAUGGAAAACCAGUAUACAUCUUGGUUGAACCUCGUCAGCAGAAUUACGUCGUCUGGUACAUAACUCUCCGUAGCUCUCUGGUUCUUACAUUCUUCAUUUGUUGCAAUGCGUAGAAAAUUGAAAUACAUACUAUUACUUAGGCUUAUUAGCAUAUGCAGAUACAGUCAUGUCAUUUUCUUCUGCUGCAUUUCACUCAAAAAAAGUGUCUUUUGCUGAGUUAUCAUGCCAUCUUAUUGAAGAUUGUGGAUUGGAAAAGGUCACAUACUUCUUUGUGCAAAACAUCACUUUGUUAACCUCAAUAGUCUAUACACAACGCGUGUUAUUAUGCAUAUGUUUGCACGUCAACGCUGAAACCAAACUGCGUUUCUGUGCACCUCUUAGAUCAGAGGCAGACGUAGGUUGUUCCACAAACACACUUUAAGUCGAUGAUUACAUAUGUGAUGAUACACUGCUGCUGGUGUAUGAUUUAGAGCGCGAUGCAUUUGAAGGAGUACGAGGUGUCGUUGCACGGCCUACUAGCUUUUCGGGAUAUCACACCUCCAUUACUACCCCAUCAAUGGAAGAGUUGUGAGAUCUACUUUUGCUUUGUAUUCAAAAAUCUGUAUUUUUAUCUGAGUUUGGUGGAAAACGCUACACAUUUUAGCGCUUUUUGUGUUCUCAUUGUAUAUAAUGAAAACGUGUUGUGUUGAUGAGUAUUUAUUGAUGAAGUGGCUACUCAAGUCCAGAUUGGUCCUUA